GCAGCAGAGUUGAGUCUCCAGCCUUGACUCUUCUCAAGAGCCUGUGACUUUUCUCCCUGGACAAAGGCAUCAUGAGUUGUCAGAUCUCUUGCAAAUCUCGAGGAAGAGGAGGAGGUGGAGGAGGAUUCCGGGGCUUCAGCAGCGGCUCAGCUGUGGUGUCUGGUGGAAGCCGGAGAUCAACUUCCAGCUUCUCCUGCUUGAGCCGCCAUGGUGGUGGCGGCGGGGGCUUCGGUGGAGGCGGCUUUGGCAGUCGGAGUCUUGUUGGCCUUGGAGGGACCAAGAGCAUCUCCAUUAGUGUGGCUGGAGGAGGUGGUGGCUUUGGCACCGCUGGUGGAUUUGGUGGCAGAGGAGGUGGUUUUGGAGGCGGCAGCGGCUUUGGAGGUGGCAGCAGCUUUGGAGGCGGCAGCGGCUUUGGAGGUGGCAGUGGCUUCGGAGGUGGUGGUUUCGGUGGAGGCGGCUUUGGUGGAGGCCGCUUUGGAGGUUUUGGGGGCCCUGGUGGUAUUGGAGGUUUUGGGGGUCCUGGGGGCUUCGGGCCUGGAGGAUACCCUGGUGGCAUCCAUGAAGUCUCUGUCAACCAGAGCCUCCUGCAGCCUCUCAACGUGAAAGUUGACCCAGAGAUCCAGAAUGUGAAGGCCCAAGAGCGUGAGCAGAUCAAAACUCUCAACAACAAAUUUGCCUCCUUUAUUGACAAGGUGCGGUUCUUGGAGCAGCAGAACCAGGUGUUACAGACCAAAUGGGAGCUGCUACAACAAAUGAAUGUUGGCACCCGCCCCAUCAACCUGGAGCCCAUCUUCCAGGGGUAUAUCGACAACCUCAAGAGAUAUCUGGAUGGGCUCACUGCAGAAAGAACAUCACAGAAUUCAGAGCUGAACAACAUGCAGGAUCUUGUGGAGGAUUAUAAGAAGAAGUAUGAAGAUGAAAUCAAUAAGCGCACAGCUGCUGAGAAUGAUUUUGUGACACUUAAAAAGGACGUGGACAAUGCCUACAUGAUAAAGGUGGAGCUGCAGUCCAAGGUGGACCUGCUGAACCAGGAUCUUGAGUUCCUGAAAGUUCUCUAUGAUGCGGAGAUAUCCCAGAUUCAUCAGAGUGUCACUGACACCAACGUCAUCCUCUCCAUGGACAACAGCCGCAACCUGGACCUGGAUAGCAUCAUCGCCGAGGUCAAGGCCCAGUAUGAGGAGAUCGCCCAGAGGAGCAAGGAAGAAGCGGAGGCCCUGUACCACAGCAAGUAUGAGGAGCUCCAGGUGACUGUCGGGAGACAUGGAGACAGCCUGAAAGAGAUCAAGAUAGAGAUCAGCGAGCUGAACCGCGUGAUCCAGAGGCUGCAGGGGGAGAUCGCACAUGUGAAGAAGCAGUGUAAGAAUGUGCAAGAUGCCAUCGCAGAUGCUGAGCAGCGUGGGGAGCAUGCCCUCAAGGAUGCCAAGAACAAGCUGAAUGACCUGGAGGAGGCCCUGCAGCAGGCCAAGGAGGACUUGGCACGGCUGCUGCGUGACUACCAGGAGCUGAUGAACGUGAAGCUGGCCCUGGAUGUGGAGAUCGCCACCUACCGCAAGCUGCUGGAGGGCGAGGAGUGCAGGAUGUCUGGAGACCUCAGCAGCAAUGUGACUGUGUCUGUGACAAGCAGCACCAUUUCAUCAAAUGUGGCAUCCAAGGCUGGCUUUGGAGGUUCUGGAGGUAGAGGGUCCAGUUCAGGAGGAGGAUACAGCUCUGGAAGCAGCAGUUAUGGCUCUGGAGGCCGACGGUCUGGCUCCAGAGGCGGUGGUGGAGGAGGAGGUUCUAUCUCUGGAGGAGGAGAUUCUAUCUCUGGAGGAGGAUAUGGCUCUGGCGGUGGUUCUGGAGGAAGAUACGGAUCUGGUGGUGGCUCUAGGGGAGGGUCCAGCUCUGGAGGAGGAUAUGGCUCUGGAGGUGGAAAACACAGCUCUGGAGGUGGCUCUAGAGGAGGCUCCAGCUCUGGAGGAGGAUAUGGCUCUGGAGGGGGGGGUUCUAGCUCUGUAAAGGGUAGCUCAGGUGAAGCUUUUGGUUCCAGCGUGACCUUCUCUUUUAGAUAAAGAUGAGCCCCCACCACCACCAACUCUCCCACCCCAGACUCUCCCACUCCAGAAUGUAGAAGCCUGUCUCUGUACCUCUAACUGAUAGCAAGUUAAAUUUUGCCAUUUAUCUCUGAUGGCAUUUUGAGGGAAAAGAAUGUCCACAUACAGUUUUUGAAAGAUCUUCUCUCCAAACCAGUUAGUUAGAGCCAGUGACGCCUCUGUGUUCUGGGGCGGAAUCUGUGCUGUCUAGGUUUGUGCUUCUAGCCAUGCCCAUUCCCGCCCCCACCAUGCCUCUUUGCAUUGCCCAUUUUCCAGAUGGGUAUUCUGUUGAGGACCCAGGCCCACCCAGGGAUUUCAUCUCUAAGCCUGGCAGUGCCGGGGGGAAAUGUGUUUCUGUGUAUAUAGCUCCUCUUGUCCACUCUGCUUUCGGAAGUGCUGUGGUCUGGGGGUCUUCAUAAUAAACUUCAUUUGCAAUUCA